CCAUCAGCCGCGCGAAUGCUGCCGAUGCGCUGUUGGAGGCGUGGAGACGCCGAGAAAUAUACCACGUCGCCAUCAGUUGCUAGUCGGCACAACAAACACAUAUAGUCGUCCCCGCAGGCAGCGCUCGAUCGACCCCAGCCAGAGCCCAGAGCAGCAGCUACUAGCCAGUGAGCAUGGCGUCCAACGCCGCACCCGACGACAACGAGGUGGCGCACGACUACGGCCUCGUCCGUGUCUACAAGAGCGGCCGCGUCGAGCGGCCCCUGGUGGCUCCGCCCGCGGCGGCCGGCCUCGAUCCCGUCACCGGCGUCGAGUCCAAGGACGUCCAGCUCGGCGACUACUCCGCCCGCCUCUACCUGCCCCCGGCCGCGUCCGCGGCCGCAGACAAGCUCCCUGUCAUCGUCUACGUCCACGGGGGCGGCUUCGUGGCCGAGUCCGUCGCGUCCCCCAACGGCCACCGCUUCCUCAACAGCCUCACCGCCGCCUGCCCUGCCCUCGCCGUCUCCGUCGAGUACCGCCUCGCCCCGGAGCACCCGCUCCCUGCGGCGUACGAGGACUGCGUCGCCGCCCUCGGGUGGGUGCUCUCGGCCGCCGACCCGUGGGUCGCCGAGCACGGCGACCUGGGCCGCGUCUUCGUGGCCGGGGACAGCGCCGGGGCCAACGCCUGCCACCACCUCGUCAUCCAGCCGGACGCCGUGCGCCUCAAGGGCGCGGUGCUGAUCCACCCCUGGUUCUGGGGCUCCGAGGCCGUCGGCGAGGAGACGCGCAACCCCGCGUGGCGCGCCAUGGGCGGGCGGCUGUGGGAGUUCGCGUGCCCCGGCUCGACUGGCAUCGACGACGCGCGGAUGAACCCGAUGGCGCCCGGCGCACCUGGGCUGGAAACACUUGCGUGCGAGAGGGUCAUGGUGUGCGUCGCGGAGGGCGACUUCCUCAGGUGGCGCGGCCGCGCGUACGCGGAGUCCGUGGCCGCGGCGAGGGGCGGCGAGGGGCAGGGGGUUGAGCUGCUGGAGACGAUGGGGGAGGGGCACGUCUUCCACCUCUUCAAGCCCGACUGCGACAAAGCCAAGGAGAUGUUCGACAGGAUCGUCGCCUUCGUUAACGCGCCGUGAUGCUCGUGUGGAUGUGCCCACUUAUUAUCAGGCCGGCAGCUUUGUGUGUCGCGCGGGCGCUACCUACUCAAAUAAAUGGAUUGCGAGGAUGAAAUAAAUUAAAUUAGAUAA